GCUUCUGGCCUGCGAGGCCAUUUGCGGAGACUGAAUGCUGAUGUCAACGCAACUGUGAACGCUUUGAAUUGGAUGGCUGGGGACCGGCAUCGCCCCGAGUACGGGCCGCCGCGUACCUCAGAGCAGGCUAGUGUGCAUGCGCGCGUCAGAGACCGGAUUUCUUCCCUUUUGACCUCAGGCGUCGCGAUCCCUAGCCGGCGAGCGGCUUUUCUCGAGCUGCUGCACGGCCGGGCUGUGUACGAUGCAGAGCCCGGUGGACACAACCUUGCCAGUUUCUCCAAUGUCUCCUCUGUGAGCCUGCCUGACAGCCUCGUCGGCGCCCCUUCGGUGCGGGAGGUUGUGGGCCCAGAGGCGAGCCAAUUCUUGGAGCAGAACUACGAGCGCAUGCUGCGCACCUCGACGGACUUUUUGGAGCGACAGGAGUCGCUGCCCUCUAUAACUCCCUAUUGGGACACUGUGCUUUCUCGCAGCCGCCGCAAGUUUCUGCGGCUGAUGCGGGCGCUUCUGCGGAUUGGACUGGUCACGCUUUUGCCAGCUGGUUCGGCGCAGGAGCACGUCGGUAUGUUCUUUGUGAAGAAGGGCAAGAAGGGGGGGCUCGUCUUGGAGGGCUCCGGGAUAUGUCACUACAUCUACGUUGACAAUCUGGGUGUUCUCUCUUGUGAUCCCUCUCAUACCUCGUCCAUCCUGUCCGACGCGGCGGCUCGUUUCGAGAGCGUUGGGCUCGUGGCCCACGAGCACGAGGUGAGUGCCACUUCGUCGAAGGCCCUGGGGACCCACAUAGACCUCGAGGGCCUUAGAGUUUCUCUUGCGCCCGCUCGACUGUGGAAGGUGCGCCAGGGUGUUCUGUAUGCCUUGUCGUGUCGGAAGCUGUCUGGACGUGUCUGGGAAGUGCUGCUGGGCCACCUCACCUUCUGCGCGCUGAUCAAUCGUAGCAUGAUGAGUGUCUUCAGGAGUAUCUAUGCCUUCAUAAAUAAGUACUACGCUACCCCUAUGCCGCUGUGGGACACCGCUAGGCAGGAGAUGCUGACCGCUGCCUCCCUCCUGUUCCUGAUGGAUGCCUCGUGGGCGCUGCCCUGGUCCUCUGGUGUCGUGGCCACGGACGCUUCGGAGGAGGGGUUCGGGGCCACCGUCUCAGAGUGGGACCCUCAGGACGUCGCGGAGGUGGGGAGGAUCCUGGAGAGGGGCCCCUUUCGGAAGCUUCCUGGAGUUUCUGCCCGGUCGAGGUUUUUCGGGAGUCUUGAGGAGCUUGGAUCUGAGGCGGACGAGGGGGAGUUCGACAGGCCGUAUGACGUGGACUCUAGCUUCCCGGAGGUCCCCCACAAGCUGCUCGCAAGCCCACUGGAGUACCCUUCUGGCGGGGCCCUGGUCCUGGGAUUUCAGGCGCUGGUGAGCGAGUACCAAGUCAGGAACGCGAGGGUGCUCUUCUUGGUUGAUAACAUGGGGGUGUGUCUAGCCUUCGCUCGGGGGCGCACCGCGGACUUCAGGAACCUGGUGACGUUCGCGCCGGCGCCCGCGACUGGCAGGGCGACCCGGGCCCGCCGUCUGGCGUCCGGGGACGCGCUGGUGGCGAAGCUGGAGCAGGCCCCGAAGGAGAAGGAGCAACGGACGCUCGACGAGUUGAGCGACGGAGAGGUGACAGACAAGGGCGACGAGAGCGACGCGACCUCCGACACCGUGAAGGUUCAAGUGCGGCCGGCUCGCCGAGUGCGAGUCUUGGCGGCCCCGCGGGUCGGGCGAGCGCGCCAGCCGGUGGAGGCGAAGCGGCUGCAGGGGCUGGGUCUUCUGCCGCUGGAGUCGAGCGCGGUUCAGUCGAAGACGGAGACCGACUACUACGACGCGGUGAACGCCUGGCGGGCUCGAGCCCGCGAGCUGGGCGAGCCUCUCGGCGUGGCUGCCGAGGUGGGCGCGUCGGUGGUGCGGCAGCUGCAAGAGCUUUUCGACCAAGGCGAGAACCUCAGCAAGGGCGAGAAGCUCGUGGCCGGGCUGGAGCACUUCCUGCCCGAGUUCGGGCGGCAUGGAGGCCUUCAUCUUUCCCGGUGCUACCGGGCUCUGAAAGGCUGGAGACGCCGCUGCCCGCCACGAUCGCGCCGCCCCCUGGCCUUCAGCAUCUGGGCAGCCAUCAUCUGGGAGCUGUGCCGCGCGAACUUCUGGAACAUGGGGGUGUACGCGCUGUUCAUGCUGGUGACCUACAUGCGGCCCUCGGAGCCCCUGAAGCUGCUGCAGGAGGACCUCCUCGCCCCGGCGCAUGGGCUCUCUGCCUCGUGGAUCUGCUUCGCCUUCCGGCAGGGGCGGGGAGCGGCGUCCAAGACGUACGCGACGGACGAGAGCAUCGACCUGAGCUGCAGGUGGGUGCCAUACCUGACGACGGUGGUUGCUGCGCUGCGAGCAGGCGACCCCAAGGCCAAGGUCUUCAACUUCAAGUACAGCAGCUACACGCGCCAGUUCAAGAUCGCCUGCAAGAAGCUGGGGCUGACGGCCGUGCCUUAUCAGGCAAGGCACUCAGGCGCCUCCAUCGACGCCGCCAUGAAGUAUCGCACCCGGGCCGAGAUCAAGAGCAGGGGGCGGUGGAAGGCGGACAAGUCGGUGCUGAGGUACGACAGCAAGGCCAAGAUUGUCGAAAGCGUCGACAAGCUGAGCGCCUCGUUGGCGUCUCACGUGCACAGGUGCGAGCUCCAGCUCGGGCCCCUUUUGUGCGGCCAGAUCGACCCCUCGGCCAUCGCACCGCCCGUCAUCCCGAGCUCGGCCCGCAGGAUCCUCAAGCUCAUUCGGUACAUCCACGCCCUGGGCAUCCCGUGGGCCGUCGAGAACCCAGCGACAAGUUUACUUUGGUGGGUCCCAGGCUUCAUCCAGUUCGCGAACGAUCCCAAGGACCCGUACAGCGAGGAGCCGAACCCGUGGGGCUGGCCGCUAUCGCCGAGCGACUGGUCCUUCGGCGAGGAGGCCUGCUGGACGGAGAAGUUUGCCAUGUGCGGGGGCGGUGCCCAGUCGCCGGUGGACUUCGGCAGCUGCUCCGGGAACGCCCAGACGGGCUCGACGGUCACGCCCAUGACGGCGUACCACACGCUGGUGGCGCCCGUCGUCAAGGUGAGCAAGUACAUGCGCUCGCUCAUGGUGGAGGGCGACCUCGGGCGCCUCAACCUCAAUCGAGACGGCAUCGACCGAACGCUGACGGCCACCUCGGUGCAUGUGGUCGCCCCAGCCAUGCACCACAUGAAUGCAGUCGACGCGGUGGCGGAGGUCUUCUCAACCAGCAUCGUCAGCGAGGAGCAGAUAAAGGCCAUUAUGGACGCGGUCAAAGAGAGGUUCAAAAAGCCAGGCCAAGCCAGUCCGCAGGUCACGGACGAGAAGAAACAGUCCGGACGAGAGUGCCUGUUCUCAUUCCGCCUGCGCCAGAAUGAGGGCUUGACAGAUUGCGUAGCUCGCAUUGGUCUGGCCUUCGACAAGGAAGAUGCCGAGUUCGUUUUCGACGACGAUGACGUCACAUCCCAGGACACCGAGGGCGAGAGAGGUCUAUCUCACCUUAGAAGGUCUUGUAUUUACGGCGACGAGCUACCUCAUGUGUUUGCUACGAUGCAGGAGGAGCGUUUGGAGACCUUGAAGCAGAAUCGGGACCUGAAGAGGAAGCUCAAGGGCGGCGGCGCCAGUGCGACCGCGCCAGGGAUCACGAAAUUGGACGCGGCCAACGUUAUCCAGAGGCGGACCCAGGCACGGCAGAAUCGCAGGCUCGUGCUGAGAGCCCACCACAUCUACGACCAGAUCUCCUUCUUCCUCGAAAGGUCAGGCAGGCCCUUGUCAUUGUCAUUUGACGUCUUCGCUAACAUCGCGAGCGACACCCCGCAGGCGCAGAUGGCAGAGUGGCCGUCCCGACAGGUUCGGGUAUAUCCACCCAAGUUCACCCGGGCGCUGGCCGAGGCAAUUCAGGUCAGCAUCGAUCGUGCCACGUCCGAGUCCAGCCAGGAGGACGGUGACCUCACCAAACGGCCGGCGGAGCCCGCCGCGGGGCCGUCGGCCGCUGAGGCCCCGCCGCUGCUGCAGGGCCCAGGGCGGCCCGGGCUGACCUCUGUCCAGGUCUCGUUGGCGGCCCUGGCGCCCGACGGCGGCACCUCGGAGGAGCGGUCCCUCAACGUGAACCUGGACGACCAGUUCUACGGGUCCUUCGCCGAGAUCGGCGCCGGCCAGGAGGUCUCGCGGUGGUUCCUGCGCGCGGGCGCCGCCGCGGGGACGGUGGCGCGCUCCGUCUCCGCCUACGACAUGCAGAUGUCCGACAGGAUCUACGGGACGGCGAAGCGCUACGUGUCCAAGGAGCGGCUGUUCCAAAUGAUGCAGCAGGAGUACGACGAGGUGGAGCAGACCCUCCGCGCGCAGAAGGGCGACGACUGCAGGUUCUUCAGCUUCGCGUCGACCAUCGCGGCGAAGGCCUUCAUGUCGGACCGGGAGUGCGAGGGCUGGCUCGGCAUCAUGUACCAGAAGGAGGCUCGGCAGGCGCCCUCCACCAUCUGGCUCCACGCUCGGAUGACGGACAACUCGGCCACGGAGCAGGGAGAUGCGCUCGGCAUCCUGGGGGCCAAUCUCAUCUACCUGUGCAAGGACGCGGCGCGAUCUGCGGAGACCAUCGUGCGGCACCUGUUGGACGACGUCGGGCCCGGGCGGCUGACGAUCAAUUGGGUCGACUUCAGCGGGCCUGGCUGGCAGUCCGUAGACAAUCGAAUCAUUGCCCUCAACCUGGUCGAGUAUGGCCUCGUUGAGAGCGUGGUCUUCGAGCAGUGUGAUGAUCGCAUGGCAAUGUGCCCCACCGUCCCAAAUCUCGCUUUCUACAAGCGGCCUAUUUCCGUGCAGCGUGGACGGUUCCGUUUCGUUUCGAGAACAAACGAGGCGAUUGUGGAGGCGAGCCAGAGGAAGCUCAUAGAGGAGAACCCGAUUGGUGAGAAGGGUCGACCACCCAUGCCACUGCUUGAGCUGACACUCGACACCCUGGGCGACAGCGCAGAAGCGAUGAUGGAGGAAAUCCCAGCGGAUGCAGUGAUAGACUUCUUAGCACGAUUCAAUGCGUUGUCGUCGAUGGGCUACCCCAUUCUUGUCAGCCGCGCCGGGCCCAUGCACAUGCUCGCGUCGUACCUGAGGCGCUAUACCUCCGAGAAGAUUGCAAUCGCAGUUGGCGGUGGCAGCUACUCGAUCGAGCGCGCCCUCUUCAAGGACGGCAGGGAAGGGCAGGAUCUCCCGGGCGGGCUGCUGGAGGGCUUCGGGAGGCUCUUCGCCCAAGGCGUGCAGGUGUUCGUCUUCCCGAACAUCUCCGCGGACGGGACGAUAUCGUCGGGUGUGGUGUCGAGGUCGGAAGACGUGGCCCAGAGCACUCUGCUGGAGCACCUUACCGCCACUGGAAAGAUUGUGCCCAUCGAGGAUCAAUACAUCCCCGAGGUCGUGCUGAACAAGGACACCAACGAGCCCUUCCGGUACGAGGUGCAGGAGAUCCUCGACAUGAUCUGCACUCUGGAUGGAAAAUGGAAGCAGUGCGUACCGCAGAGGAUUGUGGAUAUCGUCGAGACACGAGGCAUCAGCACGGUGCUUUCGUCAGCCUCGAUGGAAUGCGACGUGAGUGGUGGGGCAGUGAAGCAGUCGCCGCUGGAGAAGCUAGCAGACGGGUUCCGUCAGGGUAAGGGUGGUAAGUGAUCUCUAGGUAUUUCAAAAUCCCAGGGCGCCCGUGGCGGAUCGCGGGCCGCGCCGGCGCGUGCACCAGGCCCCCCCCCUGCCUCGUCGCGAGAGGUGCGCGGGGCCCCUCCGCCCGCCCGCAUGGCCCAGUCCGCUUGUCGGGGUGCGGCUCUGGCCCCGACCCCCUCGGCCUCCCCUCUUCCCUUCGCUCGCGGCUCCCGUGUUCUCCUCCCACUCCUCUGCUCCCGUCACUCCCUCGCCCCCGCGCGCGGCGCCCACGCCCUCUCCCUUUCUCCUCCCCUUGGCGCCCUGCCUUUUUUCGGCCGCCGCCAGUGCUCCUCCCUCCUUGUGCCCGCGGCGGCCCGCUGAUCGCGCGAGUGUAUCCAGUGCCCUUCCCUCCCGCCCUCCCUCCUCCGACCCCCUCAAGUCAUGAAGACCUCGCGACGGGAGUUUUUUGUCGUUGCAAUUAUCGGCCUCCGGGGGCCCUCGCAGUGCAUCCAGCGCC